AUGUUUAUUCCAGUAAUAUUAAUUUGCUAUCCCGUUUAUGUUUCACCAGUACCUGCCAUACACAGGCCCUCAUCUCUCCUGAAAAAGUCAUCUACAACACCAUCAUCCUUCGAAAUGCAUUUGAUGUACACUUUGGGACCCGACGGUAAGCGUGUUUACACUUUGGACAAGGUCACCGCCGACGGCGAGAUCACCAAAUCCGCUCACCCUGCCAGAUUCUCUCCAGACGACAAGUACUCCAGACAAAGAGUUACCUUGAAGAAGAGAUACAACCUUUUGCCAACUCAACAAGAGUAG